GCGCCUAAUAAAACCCGGGGAAGUUCAAUCAUUCCGCAGCGAGCUCCGGGCUCACUGGGCAUGCUCAGUCGCCGGCCGCGCUGGGCUGGCGACAGGCUUUCUCGGGCGCCGGGCGCGGGUCUGCGGCCGCCUUGGCUCGGCUUCCCCGGGCGCGGGCUGGGCAGAGCGGCCCCUGAGCCGAGCGACACGCGCCCCGCCGGCCCCCGCCCCGGCCCCCGGGAGCGGGGCUUCGCUCCGGAGCGCGGGAGCCCCCAACCUCGCGCCGAGUGCGGAGCCGCCUUCUGGGGGAGACAUGAAGAAGAUAACCAGGAACGUUCUGCUAGACAUGGAGGAGGAGGAGGAGGACGAGGACGAUGGGGAUAUCGGUGAUGUUCCUGCCUCCAGGAGGCCUUUUCUGACUCCUGACAGUCACCUUCUGUGCAGCCUGGUGUUGGAAAACCUUGAACAGACAAUCGUCCCCAGUUGUGGAUCACUGGAAAGUCAGCAUGAUUUUCGAACCCCGGAGUUUGAAGAAUUUAAUGGAAAAUCUGACUCCCUCUUUUUUAAUGAUGGCCAGCGAAGAAUUGACUUUGUUCUAGUAUAUGAAGAUGAAAGUAAAAAAGAGACCAAUAAAAAGGGUACAAAUGAAAAACAAAGGAGAAAAAGACAAGCAUAUGAAUCUAACCUUAUCUGUCAUGGCCUGCAUCUAGAAGCAACAAGAUCGGUUUUGGAUGACAAGCUUGUAUUUGUGAAAGUACACGCGCCGUGGGAGGUGUUAUGUACGUACGCGGAGGUAAUGCACAUCAAAUUGCCUCUGAAACCCAACGAUCUGAAAACCCGGGGCUCAGCCUUUGGUAGACUCAACUGGUUCACCAAAUUCCUCAGCGUGGACGAAAGUAUCAUCAAGCCAGAACAAGAGUUUUUCACUGCACCAUUUGAGAAGAACCGGAUGAAUGAUUUUUACAUUGUUGACAGAGAUACCUUCUUCAAUCCAGCCACCAGAAGCCGCAUUGUUUACUUCAUCCUCUCUCGGGUCAAGUAUCAAGUGAUGAACAAUGUUAACAAGUUUGGGAUUAACAGACUUGUGAACUCUGGGAUCUACAAGGCAGCUUUCCCUCUCCAUGAUUGCAAAUUCCGCCAUCGGUCAGAGGAUCCCAGCUGCCCUAAUGAACGGUACCUUCUGUACAGGGAAUGGGCGCAUCCUCGAAGCAUAUACAAAAAGCAACCCUUGGAUCUUAUCAGAAAAUAUUACGGAGAGAAGAUUGGAAUCUACUUUGCUUGGCUGGGCUAUUAUACGCAGAUGCUCCUCCUGGCAGCAAUCGUGGGAGUGGCUUGCUUUCUCUACGGAUAUCUUAAUCAAGAUAACUGUACCUGGAGCAAAGAAGUUUGUAAUCCUGAUAUUGGCGGCAAGAUUAUAAUGUGUCCUCAAUGUGAUAGGCUUUGUCCAUUCUGGAAACUCAAUAUUACUUGCGAGUCCUCAAAGAAAUUGUGCAUCUUUGAUAGUUUUGGAACCCUGGUCUUUGCAGUAUUUAUGGGGAUAUGGGUUACCUUGUUUUUGGAGUUUUGGAAACGGCGCCAGGCAGAACUUGAGUAUGAAUGGGACACUGUUGAGUUACAGCAGGAAGAACAGGCCCGGCCAGAAUAUGAAGCACGGUGUACUCACGUGGUGAUAAAUGAGAUUACUCAGGAAGAAGAGCGCAUUCCCUUUACUACUUGUGGAAAAUGCAUACGGAUAACCCUCUGUGCAAGUGCUGUCUUUUUCUGGAUCCUUUUGAUCAUCGCUUCAGUUAUUGGGAUUAUUGUCUAUAGGCUCUCAGUGUUCAUCGUAUUUUCUGCAAAACUUCCCAAGAACCUUAACGGGACAGACCCCAUCCAGAAGUACCUGACUCCACAGACAGCCACGUCCAUCACUGCUUCCAUCAUCAGCUUUAUCAUCAUCAUGAUUCUGAACACCAUAUAUGAAAGAGUGGCCAUUAUGAUUACUAACUUCGAACUCCCAAGGACCCAGACUGAUUACGAGAACAGCUUAACCAUGAAGAUGUUCUUAUUCCAGUUUGUCAACUACUACUCUUCGUGUUUCUACAUAGCAUUCUUUAAGGGCAAAUUUGUAGGCUAUCCAGGAGACCCAGUGUAUUGGUUGGGAAAAUACAGAAAUGAAGAGUGUGACCCAGGUGGCUGUCUUCUUGAACUGACAACCCAGCUGACAAUAAUCAUGGGAGGAAAAGCAAUCUGGAAUAACAUACAAGAAGUAUUAUUGCCCUGGAUCAUGAAUCUAAUUGGACGGUUUCACAGAGUUUCAAGAUCAGAAAAGAUAACCCCACGAUGGGAACAGGACUACCAUCUGCAGCCCAUGGGCAAACUGGGAUUAUUUUAUGAAUAUCUUGAAAUGAUUAUUCAGUUUGGGUUCGUCACCUUAUUUGUGGCCUCUUUUCCACUGGCCCCCCUGUUGGCUCUGGUGAACAAUAUAUUGGAAAUAAGAGUGGACGCAUGGAAACUGACCACCCAGUUUAGACGCCUGGUGCCCGAGAAAGCCCAAGACAUUGGAGCCUGGCAGCCCAUCAUGCAAGGAAUAGCAAUUCUGGCUGUGGUGACCAAUGCCAUGAUCAUUGCUUUCACAUCAGACAUGAUCCCCCGCCUGGUGUAUUACUGGUCCUUCUCUGUCCCGCCCUAUGGGGACCACGCUGACUAUACCAUGGAGGGGUACAUCAACAACACUCUCUCCUUCUUCAACAUCGCAGACUUCAAAAACAAAAGCCAGGGAAACCCAUACUCUGGGCUUGGCAACCACACUACCUGCAGGUAUCGUGAUUUCCGAUACCCACCUGGACACCCACAGGAGUAUAAACACAACAUCUACUAUUGGCAUGUGAUCGCAGCCAAGCUGGCUUUUAUCAUUGUCAUGGAGCAUGUCAUCUACUCUGUGAAAUUUAUCAUUUCAUAUGCAAUCCCGGAUGUAUCAAAGCUCACGAAGAGCAAGAUCAAGAGAGAGAAAUACCUAACCCAGAAGCUUCUUCACGAGAGUCACCUCAAAGAUAUGACAAAAAACAUGGGGGUGAUAGCCGAGAGGAUGAUAGAAGUGGUAGAUAACAAUUUACGGCCAAAACUAGAUUAAGAGCUUUAUGUUCUGAGAAGCACUUUAAGGAAUUUAGCUCUGUCAAACUGUAUUAUGAAUCACUAAUGAGAAUGUUUAAGUUAAAUCACUAUGGCAAAUAUGAGUCUUAACUAUUGCCAUUUCCGUGCAUAUUAUUUUUCAGUUUCAGCGAGCGAUGUGGGAACAGGAAGAUGUAAAACUUAGAUCAAGAAGGGCAUAAAAUUAAUCACCUGGAAAACCUAAAACGUUCCUUUUUUGAUAAAUUGGAAUUUUAGUAACACAGAAAAAGUCUCUUAGUGUGCUUAAAAACUGCCCCUUCUAAAGCAGAAUGGAUUUUUUUUUUCCUGUUUGAUUACUUUCAUUUCUUUCUGUUCUCGGGCACAUGAUCUUUAUUUUUAGGUGG